AGGGGUGCGUACUACCAUCUCAGAAAUGGUUCUAUUUUAAACAGGUCCUGAAAUUAAAAAAUGGAAGCACUGGACAAAGUUUUUGAACACCCAGAGGAAACUGAGCUCCACAAAGAUGUCUCAGCAACAAAAGUAGCUAUUUCAAGCUAUGUAAACCAAAAUUUGAACUGGAAGGCGCCAGGAAAUGAGAACUUAAACAAUGAAACUGAACAUUUCAGGUUUAACAGCAAAUCACAUGAUUGCUUAUUCUUGGAACUUAUGAGCAUGGAAGAGGGAGACCAGAGAGUCUUUAUAAAUAUCGCGGGUCUAAGAUUUGAAACACAUCUUAAAACACUCAGCGAGUUCCCAGACACUCUCCUGGGGGAUCCAAAGAAAAGAAUUCAUUACUUUGAUUCCAUGAGGAACGAAUAUUUUUUUGAUAGAAACCGGCCAAGUUUUGAUGGGAUUUUAUAUUACUAUCAGUCUGGUGGGAAAAUUAGGCGCCCAGCAAACGUACCCAUAGAUGUCUUUGCAGAUGAGAUCAAUUUUUAUGAGCUUGGUAAUGAAGCUAUGGACCAGUUUAGAGAUGAUGAAGGUUUUCUAAAGGACCCAGAGAUUCCCUUACCAACUAAUGACUAUUACAAACAAUUUUGGCUGCUCUUUGAAUAUCCUGAAAGCUCAACUGCUGCAAGAGGGAUGGCACUUGUGUCUGUAUUGGUUAUAAUAAUAUCCAUACUCAUCUUCUGCAUGGAAACCUUACCAGAGUUCAGAGAAGAAAGAGAUCUCUACUUCUACAGGGGAACUGGAAAUUACUCUGAGAGCACAACCCAUCCAAGCACAUUUACUGAUCCAUUUUUCAUGAUAGAGACUACGUGCAUAGCAUGGUUUUCAUUUGAACUGGUUGUCAGGUUUGUCGUCUGCCCAAGUACUUCUGCAUUCUUUCGGAACAUUAUGAAUAUUAUUGAUCUUGUGUCUAUCAUUCCAUAUUUUGUGACUUUGGUAACGGAACUAUUCAAGCAAACAGAACCUGUUGGGCAGCAAAACAUGUCCUUAGCAAUUUUAAGAAUUGUUCGACUAGUCAGGGUGUUCAGAAUUUUUAAGCUAUCUAGACACUCAAAAGGACUUCAGAUUCUAGGACAAACUCUGAAAGCCAGCAUGAGAGAGCUUGGUUUGUUAAUAUUUUUUCUCUUCAUUGGUGUAAUUCUAUUCUCCAGUGCUGUAUACUUUGCUGAAGUCGAUGAACCUCAGUCCCAAUUUUUAAGUAUCCCAGAUGGAUUCUGGUGGGCUGUGGUAACAAUGACAACUGUUGGUUAUGGUGAUAUGUGUCCUAUUACAUUGUCGGGAAAGGUGGUUGGUACUUUGUGUGCUAUUGCAGGCGUCUUGACUAUUGCACUCCCGGUACCUGUGAUAGUAUCCAACUUCAAUUACUUCUAUCACAGGGAAACUGAGAAUGAAGAAAGACAUAGUUUACCAGUGGAAGUGGAAAAAAUCAGUUUAGGAAACCUAAUACGAGCGGGAAGUUCAUCCUCGCUAAAGAAAAACAACGGCUCUUGCGUUUCUGACAAAAAUGGCAAAACCUGAAAAAAAAAAAGAUUGCUGGCACAUUUGCUGAAAAGUAUUGGUUUUUAACUGUUUCAAGAUCUUUCAUCCAAAGAAGCAUUUUCCUAAGUAUGGAAUCAGGUGAACAUGUCUUAUGUAAAGCACUGAAAUUUGCAUUUUGCUAUUUUGAUAACAUAUUGCAAUGUGUAUUAAAGACAAAGAAGUAUGCCAAGCCAAAAAACGAAGAAUCAAAACUAUUAAGCCUAACAGGGAGUGAAAUAUUUCAAAACAUAUGGAGCAAUGUGAAGCAAAACAAAACUAUUCUACCUCUCAGAGAAUAAAAGAUGCACAAAUCUGAAAUAUGAUGGGCAGGAUCUCAUAAGAUUAUAUGAAUAGGAUGGGAAGCAUUUAAAUAAGAUUAUACGACUAUAUCACUAGAAAAGCAUUUUAUAUCUAUGUUGCUAAAACAUAUUUUGCGAGUAUUCAGCAAUAAAUUACCAAAAGUAUUUUAAAAAUCAAAAUUUAUCACUUCUUCCCCACCAUUUGUGGUGAGUGAGAGAUGGAGACAUACAUAAGAAAGAGACAAAGGGAAAAGUGUCAAGUGGGUUAUUGCGUUUCCCUCAGAAAUGUUCAGUAUAGCCAGGAUAGCUAGCAAAGGGAAAAUAGGAGUUGCUUUCUUUUGGACUACCCUAACCUGGUUGCCUUUAAAUUAAUGUUAGAAACAAAUGAAGGAGCUGAAUACUAAUCUUAUGCUUGCCCCUUAUAUCCUAUUGCAUUUCUUAUAGUGUCCCUUCAAAAAGAGUGCAGACUUUUAGUUACUCUGGAUACUGCGCAAGUGUUUUGUUAACAUGUUCUACUGCGGACUUUAAACUCAGAUUAAUCAGUUCAUCUUAUGUAUCUGUGUGUUUAGAUGUGUAGUGUUAACAGCCUGUA